AUGGGGGAGGCGGCCAGCCCCGCGCCCGCGCUCUGGGACUGGGACUACCUGGACCGCUGCUUCGCCCGCCACCGCGUCUGCAUCUCCUUCGGCCUGUGGAUCUGCGCCUCCUCCUGCUGGAUCGCCGCCCACGCGCUGCUUCUCUAUCUGAGGUGUACAAAGAAAUCUGGACGGGACCAGUCAGCGCUGUGCGCGGCAUGCUGCCUCCUGACCAGCCUGUGUGACACCAUCGGAGCGAUUCUGGCCAGACAGCUCACGAUCCAGGUUUUCACGGGUGCCUACCUAGCAGCUGUUGACUUGGUAAACUUUGUGUUCAUCCUCUUCCCGGUCUGCGGCUCCAAGUUGAAGUCUAAUUUGGGUCGGGGCUCCCGGGAGAGGAAGAGGAGGCAGCGGCUCAGGGCCAGUGUCUUUGCUCUGGCCCUGCCGCUGAGCCUGGGGCCAGGCUGGGCUCUCUGGGCCGCCGUCCGGAAGGCGUCAGGCCCUGUCCGAGGGCCCCAGCGGAGGCUACUGGAGAGCCUGCUGCAGGACAACACUGAAAUCUUCGGCUACCUGCUGGGUGCUAUCGCUGCCUUCGGCUCCUGGGCUUCCCGAAUCCCCCCGCUCUCCAGAAUCUGCCAGGGUAAGGCAUUUCCCUCCAUCCACCUGUGGACCCGGCUCCUGUCGGCCCUGGCGGGCCUCCUCUAUGCCUCGGCCAUUGUGGCCCACGACCGGCGGCCUGAGUACCUGCUUCGGGCCACACCCUGGUUCCUGACCUCCCUCGGCCGUGCUGCACUGGACCUCUCUAUCAUUUUCCUUUCCUGGGUGAUGAAGAGCAAGAUGAGACGGGCCUUGGGGUUUGCCCCUGAAGCCAGAGAGAGCCCCGACACCCAGGCCCUUUUGACCUGCACAGACAAAGAGGAAGAAAGCCAGGAGAAUUCAGACUGGGUGCCUCUCACCACAUUACCACCCUGCAAAUCACUGAGGACAAUGGCAGCCAUCAGUCGCUACAUGGAGCUGACCAUCGAGCCCGUGCAGCAGGCAGGCUGCAGCACCACCCGGCUGCCUGGCGAUGGACAGAUGAACCCUGGAGACGCGAACCUGCAGGAGCCGCCCUCUUACCCUCCCGUUCAGGUCAUCCGGGCCCGCGUGUCUUCCAGCAGCUCCUGCGAAGUCUCCUCCAUCAACUCCGACCUUGAGCAGAAGUAUUGGGAAGCCUUAAACUUGGAGCAGUGGGACCCUGAAGAUGUAAAUCUUGAAGGGAACAAAGACAACGUGGAGAUGCUCAGAUCCCAGGUGCACAGGUGCUCCAUGGGGCCAGUGGUCUUGACAUCUGAUGAGUAACACCUGGAGCAAGCCCAUCAGCUCAGAGCCCUUAGUCAAGCCUGUGUCAGGAACUGGGCAGGGAGCAACCUGCAGUGACACCCAUGGCGGGAAUUUAAGCUUCCGCAGAGGCCGCCUGUGAAAGCAAAGAACCAGGAGCUGUCACUGAGCUUGGUUGGUCUGCAUCACAGCUCAGAAUGGAGCUAAGACCUUGGGUCCUGUGGACAGA